GAUGGUGCUUGCAUUCUGGUUCUGGCAGUCAGUCUUUGGACAACCGUCGAGGAUGUUUGUCGCGCUUUUCCGGACGUCUCAUGGUCUCGCCUACUGGGAUUAGAUGUGUUAAGGCUAGAGAAGCCCUACUUGGAUUUGGGGGCCUCCAGAGACUUGACUUUCAUCUGCGUUUGCUAGCAGCUGUCACGCGUUAAACUUUGAAACGGAUGCAGAUCAACUUGCGUGAAACGUCGAAAAAUCCGGAAAACCGCCAGGAACCAUGCUCCGGUGGUGAAGCGGAGUAGAGCAAGCGGGGGUUCAAACAUGGUCAAACGUGCCCGGCUGUCCUACGAACGGCUCACUUUCACCACAAUUGAGUUGAACCUGCUGCUGACCAACAUCACGUCCCUGCACAGUGCCAUCUCGACGCCACCGACGACGGCAGCAUUCCCGAGCGGACCCAGCCACGGCGGCCUAUUGCUGGAUGACUCGGUGAUCGGUGGCCUUCCAUCGACGAACAAUUCAACCGCAAACCCAACAAACGGCGGAUAUUAUCCAAGUGGUGCCAAUAGUAGGAUUGGGGUUGGGGUUAGGGCUAAUAGUUUGGAGAAUGGCACCGAUAAUAGACUGAAUCAAGGGAGUUUUUUCCCCCUGGAUGUCGGUGUUGCUGCGAGUGAUAAUUUUACCGGGACGCCCGAUAACGUUUCUUCUUCGUCGUUCUCCUUCGGCGUCGGCAGCAGUACGAUGAUGAUGCUGCCGGCCACAGCAACGACGACGACGACCGCAGCAAAUCCGUCGUCGACCUACCCGACAACGGCCUACCCCUCGGGUCCGCACCCGACCGUCAUUGCCUACGAGAUACGUGACCCGCUCUGGAUUGUCAUUCCGAUAAGCAUAAUUUAUUCGACCAUUUUCGUGAUUGGUGUCCUCGGCAAUGUGAUAACGUGCAUCGUGAUAUCGCGAAACCGGUCGAUGCACACCGCCACCAACUAUUAUCUCUUCAGCUUGGCCAUCUCGGACUUGCUGCUGCUGUUGUCUGGUGUGCCCCAGGAGAUCUACUUCAUCUGGUUUCGGUUUCCGUAUCCCUUCGACAAUAACGUCUGCAUGCUGCAGGGCUUUGCGGCGGAAACUUCAGCCAACGCGACGGUGCUCACCAUCACGGCCUUCACGGUGGAAAGAUAUGUGGCCAUUUGCAAACCCUUCUUGUCUCACACGAUGUCCAAACUGUCCCGGGCAGUGCGCUUCAUUCUAGCUAUCUGGGUGAUUGCCAUGUGUCUGGCUGUGCCACAGGCCCUGGCCCUGCAGAUCGACGAGGAGUUCAGCACCUGCACCGUACGGCGAGAUUGGCAGCAGCACGUGUUCACCAUUUCGACGGUGCUGGUGUUUGUGUUUCCGAUGUGCGUCCUGACGAUACUGUACGUCCUGAUUGGGUUGCAGCUUCGCCGAUCGAAGGUAAUGAAACGGGGCACCCAGCUCGGGAGCAGCGUCCGCCUCAAGCACAGCAUUUUCAAAAAAUCGUCCAAUCGCACAGUGGUUUCCAUCAACUAUCACCAGAACAACGACUCACCGCAGCAUUACAGCGAAAGCAUGCUGACGACUGCAAUGCAGCAGCAUCACCAGUCCAGCAGCCUGACGCCGUCGCCGCUGCAACCGAAGCUAUCACUUCCACUGAGCAUUGGCGGCGGAGGCGGAGGACGCAGUGAGCACCUGAACAACAACGGAUUAUUCUACGGAGGCGAUUCCAAUCACCAUCACCAUCAGCAUCCGCAUCUUCAGCAGCCCCACCAAAGCCAGAACCAUCUGCAGGUGGGCAACAGCGUCCAUGUUUUAGUGGAGCAAACCAACUCGCUAUCGUCGGAGGACGGGCGGAUCAAUUACAGCAAUCGGGCUCAAUAUCACAGCACCAAGCACGUGGUCAAAAUGCUCGUGGCCGUGGUGAUAGCGUUCUUCCUGUGCUGGGCGCCCUUCCACGCGCAACGUCUCUUCGCCGUGUACGGAAACGACCAGAACCAUAACAAAGCAAUACGGAUCGCGUUCGACAUCCUGACGUACGUGUCCGGGGUGCUCUAUUUUAUGUCCACCUGCAUCAAUCCGGUGCUGUACAACAUUAUGAGCCAUAAGUUCCGCGAGGCGUUUAAGGACACUUUGGCCAAUUAUUUGUACCGACGCUCGUCCUCCGGGCAACCUCAUCAUCCUCUACUAAGACAGCGUAUGUUUUUUAGGAAUGCCUCAUUGCGCUCAAAUUCCCCUAACUCGCAGUCGCUAAACACGUGCUCGACAGUGUGCUGCACUCUGGCGGCGCCACCUGGUGGCCCGGGCAAUAAUAAUAAUAAUUCGCAAUCUGUGGCCGUGACCCUAGAAUCUCCUUCGCAGUCCAGCAGCGGAAUCGAACAGCUACGGUACAUGGAAACGGAUCUGAUCAGGCUGAAACGUCCCCUGGUGGUGUCAUUCCGGAAGCCACAAUCCCACUCGAAUGCUCCGAGAAUUUUUCAUCCGAACGAUCAUCACCACCAGCAGCAUCCGAAAGCUGUUUGCAUCAACAACGGUGGACAAAGGAUGAUUGGCCCUGGCACAGCGCACUGGAGCGGCAAAAGUCUGAACGCCAACCAAGACUCGAACCAGAGUUUACACAAUUGCUCUUCUCCAAUUGCUUCGAACACAUUCCAUCGGCCUGCGGUCAAAUCAGGACAGAAACGCUCGAGCAAACUUGACCACUGGCUUCCGAUAAGGUACUUCACUACGCAACAAUCGAGUGGCCCAGCAUCCCAGCACAUGGUCCCAAUUCCUGCCAGAUGCCAAAGUCGAUGCUGCAAUCCGAAUCCCCCACCCGCUUCACUCUGCUCAUCAACUUCCAACGAAUUCCCCCCGACAAAAUCCCACUACCUUACGAGUGGCCAGCUACAGUGCCAGUAUGACCUGUAUCCUCAUCUGAGAAGUAUGUAUCACCUUUCGUCCAAUCCGGAUCUGUCCAGUUUGUCCCCACCACCCAAAAAUACACACUCUAACCCACUGGACGAAAGCCCAGCUAAUGGUCAAACGGCCCACCUAAAAGCUCCCUCACCAUACGCAAGCCCGCAACUAUCCGAACAGUCGAAAGCUUUCGAGCAAAAGCUCAACCAACUGCUACAGAACGUCAAGUUGGAAAAACAUCAUCCCCCCUUACCCGAUCAAAGUAGCCAACAAGCGCCGCAGCAGCAUCGCAGGAAGCGUCGCCAGUCAGUUAGGAAAGCUCCCAUCUCAACAACAACACCAACGGAAGCACCAACGAAAGUCAACACAACGACAACAACAACAAAUCCAUCGGCAGCUUUCGGGCGAAAAACCGGCGGCACCGUCGAUUUCACUGACAGCAGUGGGCAAGCUACCCUGUCGAAAAGUCACAGCCUACCGGAAAUCCAGCACUUUGCGGCGUCUACGACAGAGGUGUUGUCGUCGUCUUCGCCCAGGAAAGGAUUGUAUCUUGGAUUCGAAUGAAGUUUGUCGAAUCGUUCUUCUUUUUAAGAAGUAAGUUAGGUUAGGAUACAGAUUGGAACGGGAAAAAACGGUACAAGUUUGUUGACAAACGAACAAAAGUAACAAACAGCAGGAAAGCGAACUGUGUGGUACAAACGAAUGCAACUCGUCUUUGAAGAUUAUACGAUUGAUUUUGGAGUAGCGACAAAUUGUCGACUGUUUGAGCAUCAAAAACGAAACAAAAAUAAAUAUUUAAAAUGUUACAUUUUU